CAUGACCCCUAUCUCUGUCUGUAAUUCGAUUCGUAGCUAGCUCAAUUAAGUGUAUUGAAGAAAUGGGCGGAGGAGGAGGAGCGGAUUGGGGUCCGGUGUUUGUGGGUGUGGUUCUGUUCAUAGCUUUAUCGCCUGGGUUGCUGGUUCAGGUGCCGGGACCCAACCGAUUCAUAGAGUUCAGCAACUUUCAAACCAGCGGCCUUUCAAUCCUGGUUCAUUCCAUCAUUUACUUCGCCCUCAUCACCAUCUUCUUGCUAGCUGUCGGAAUCCAUAUCUAUGCCGGCUAGCUUAUUAUAACUUCAUCAUCAAUUUCACUACUUAAUUUACUUGUUUUGUUUUGUUU